ACCCUAAAUCGUAAAUCCCUCUUUCUUUUUUCAUCAUCAGAAACGCUCUCUCUCGUCUCCGUCUUUCUCUAAACCCUAAAUUCUUACUUUCUUUUAAAUCCAGAUAGAUAUGGGAGAUACAGAGAUUAAGGACAAUGAAUACGAAGAGGAGCUUCUUGACUACGAGGAAGAAGACGACAAAGCACCUGAUUCCGCCGCCGCCGUUAAAGCCAACGGUGAAUCCGUUAAAAAGGGAUAUGUUGGAAUUCAUAGCUCUGGAUUUAGAGAUUUUCUCUUGAAGCCAGAGCUCCUCCGGGCCAUUGUUGAUUCUGGUUUUGAGCAUCCGUCUGAAGUUCAACAUGAGUGUAUCCCUCAAGCUAUUCUGGGUAUGGAUGUCAUCUGCCAAGCAAAGUCCGGUAUGGGAAAAACUGCUGUUUUUGUUUUGUCGACGUUGCAGCAGAUUGAACCUGUAGGUGGUCAAGUUGCUGCCCUUGUUUUAUGUCACACUCGGGAAUUGGCUUAUCAGAUCUGCCACGAGUUUGAACGCUUCAGCACUUACUUGACUGAUAUCAAGGUUGCGGUCUUUUAUGGUGGUGUUAACAUCAAAGUUCACAAGGAUCUUUUGAAAAAUGAGUGUCCUCAUAUUGUCGUUGGAACACCUGGGAGGGUUCUUGCACUUGCCAGAGAUAAAGACCUAGCAUUAAAGAAUGUUAGGCACUUCAUACUUGAUGAAUGUGACAAGAUGCUCGAGUCUCUCGACAUGAGGAGAGAUGUGCAAGAAAUAUUCAAGAUGACCCCUCAUGAUAAACAAGUAAUGAUGUUUUCUGCAACUCUGAGCAAGGAAAUUCGGCCCGUGUGCAAGAAGUUUAUGCAAGAUCCAAUGGAAAUCUAUGUGGAUGAUGAAGCCAAGCUGACAUUACAUGGUCUUGUACAGCACUACAUCAAAUUGAGCGAGCUAGAGAAAAACCGUAAACUGAAUGACCUGCUCGAUGCAUUAGAUUUCAAUCAAGUUGUGAUAUUUGUCAAAAGUGUAAGUAGAGCUGCAGAGUUGAACAAGUUACUUGUUGAGUGUAAUUUUCCAUCCAUCUGCAUACACUCUGGCAUGUCCCAAGAAGAAAGGUUGACGCGAUAUAAGAAUUUCAAGGAAGGACACAAGAGGAUUCUCGUGGCAACUGAUUUAGUUGGUAGGGGUAUUGAUAUUGAACGUGUUAAUAUCGUCAUCAACUAUGACAUGCCAGAUUCUGCUGACACAUAUCUUCAUCGGGUCGGUAGAGCCGGAAGGUUUGGGACCAAGGGUCUUGCUAUUACAUUUGUAUCAUCUACAUCUGACUCAGAUGUUCUAAAUCAGGUUCAAGCAAGGUUUGAAGUUGAUAUAAAAGAACUUCCAGAGCAGAUCGAUACGUCAACAUACAUGCCUUCAUAGGAACAACGGUGCGAUGUAAUCAAAGCAAUGAGCGUGGUGGUAUUGGUGGCUGCCAUUGCAUAUUCAUUGUUUAUGUUGCAAGGAUCAAUUUCUUUUGUAACUUUUGCAUUUUAGCGAGUUUGUACCAUCUAGAUUGUCAUUCUUAAAGUUUCUUAUUCCCUUGACCUUGGUUUUGCUUGAGAUUUCGUUAGUGAGCCUUUAUUUGUCAUAAA